AUGGCAUACGCGUGGCACACGGUGGUAAUCUUUCAAUCCGCGGAGCAAACAAAGCCGGCGAGUCUCGCGCGUCCUUUGAGUCUCCCGAAGGCAAGCUUUGGCUUCGUGGCCGGGCUUUGUGCACGUGUGCGGCAGCGAAACCGAGUUGCUACGUUGGUGGCAAGAGCUGACAAGGAGGAAUCUCCGGACAUCAAGACUUCAGUGGAUGUGGAGAUCUUGUCCGACGAAAGCUUGAGGAGACGAUUGGAGGCAUCACUGGCCUUGCAGCAGCCAGCAGCUCUACCGUUUCUGCCUCCACCAAAGUACAGGGACUUCAUCGUGAAUUGUCCCGGGGAUGCUGGCUUUGACCCUGCAAGCCUUGCUCGGGUGGAAUCAGAGCUGAAACAUUCACGCAUUGCUAUGGUCUCUGUGGUGCUGUGGCCACUCUCAGAGCUAGACUGCUCCUUUCUGGACUUGGAAGGUGCACUACAGCACUUUCCUUUUGCUUUGGUCCUUGGGAUGGGAUCUUUAGCGGCUGCCAUCCCAGAGAUGUCAAAGAUGCCCGAGUCUCCACCAGGGUACUAUGGCUUUGACCCACUGAACUUGAAGGAGAUUGUGUGUGUGUGUGACUUCGAAAUGCCAAUGUCGUGCUGGCUGCCAAAGGGGCGGCGGUGGAUGGCAGAAGCAGAACUAAAGCAUGGACGCUUGGCAAUGUUGGCAUGCCUGGCCUUUGCCUUCAUAGAGCUUUCGACCAAGGUGCCAAUUGUGAGACAUGCACCGUUCCAGUGA